UUGGCUGAACGCAGAUGCGCGUCAUCUGUGCUGUAGAAUAAGCAUUGUGAAUAGUGACUCCUCGCGCUGAUUUCCGCUGCUGUUUUGACGACAAAAGAUGCCGAUAAAGAUGAUGUUGAUCAGCGGAGGUUCAGUGGUCAGCGCAGAGGCAGUAUGGGAUCACGUGACCAUGGCCGAGAGGGAGUUGGCGUUUAAGGCGGGAGACGUCAUCAAAGUCCUGGAUGCCUCCAAUAAAGACUGGUGGUGGGGUCAAAUCGAUGACGAGGAGGGCUGGUUCCCCGCCAGCUUUGUGAGGGUUGAUCCCCACCCUCCUCAACCUUACACAAAACCAGUUUUCUAUAUCAACCCUAUAGCAACUCCAAGGUUCCAUAACACAACAGCAAAGCUAUGGGUUAACCAGGAAAAUGCAGCCACAGAAUCAACUGAGGGUGCCAGUGAGGUGCAGAAUGGACACACUGACCCGAGCAAUGGCUGUCUGUGCAUUGGCCAACCACUUCAGAACCGAGAUCAGAUGAGGGCCAACGUUAUCAACGAGAUCAUGAGCACUGAGCGUCACUAUAUCAAACACCUGAAGGACAUAUGUGAGGGCUACUUGAGGCAGUGCAGAAAGAGGAUUGACAUGUUCAAUGAUGACCAACUGAAAGUGAUUUUUGGUAACAUUGAGGAUAUCUACAGAUUUCAAAUGGGAUUUGUGCGGGACUUGGAGAAACAGUACAACAUUGAGGAACCCCAUCUUAGUGAAAUUGGACCGUGUUUUCUGGAACAUCAAGAUGGUUUCUGGAUCUAUUCAGAGUAUUGCAACAACCACCUUGAUGCCUGCAUGGAGCUCUCCAAGCUGAUGAAGGAUGGGCGCUAUCAGCACUUUUUUGAAGCCUGUCGCCUCCUCCAGCAGAUGAUCGACAUCGCCAUUGAUGGCUUCCUCCUCACCCCUGUGCAGAAGAUCUGCAAGUACCCACUACAACUUGCAGAGUUACUCAAGUACACAGCACAGGAACAUAGUGAUUACCGCUAUGUGGCAGCAGCACUUGCAGUCAUGAGGAACGUCACCCAGCAAAUUAAUGAGCGCAAAAGAAGACUGGAGAACAUUGACAAGAUCGCCCAAUGGCAAGCCUCAGUGUUGGACUGGGAGGGUGAUGACAUUCUGGACAGAAGUUCAGAGCUGAUCUACACGGGUGAGAUGUCAUGGAUCUAUCAGCCUUAUGGCAGGAGUCAGCAGCGAGUCUUCUUCCUUUUUGAUCAUCAGCUGGUCUUGUGCAAAAAGGACCUGAUACGACGGGACAUACUUUACUACAAAGGACGUAUUGACAUGGAUAGGUAUACAGUGAGAGAUGCUAUUGAUGGACGGGACGACGACUUUAACGUCAGUGUGAAAAAUGCUUUCAAGCUGCACAACAGAGACAGCGACGAGAUUCACAUCUUUCUGGCCAAGAAACCAGAAGAGAAGAUUCGCUGGCUGAGGGCUUUCCAUGAGGAGCGCAAGAUGGUCCAAGAGGAUGAAAAAAUUGGUUUUGAAAUUUCUGAAUAUCAGAAACGACAAGCUGCCAUGACAGUGCGUAAAGUGACCAAACAGAAAGGUUUGAGCCAGAGCAGGCGUGUCUCCCUGUCGGACCCCUCGUCUCAUGGACCCUUCCUGCUCUCUGAUGACAUACAACAGUCAGAUGUAGUCGAAAUCCAUGUUUCCAAAUCAGGACAAUCUCCAUUCUGGCAAAACUUUAAUAAGUUCACAUCAAAAAAAUGGGAAAAAAUAGUUCACUCUGUGUCUGAAUGCUCCCAGCAAUGAAGUUCAAUUUCAAGUGUAUUUAUUGACAGUAAAAAGACCAUGAACCUCCGUCUGGAGAUAACUGACUGACUGACAAUCAUGACCCUGUUAUAAUGAAACCUGUCAAGCGCCCAAACAAAGAUGUAUUCUGUAUCAUUCACCAUUACUGUAUCUUCACCACUUCAACUUCGCAUCGUUUUGAAUACAAAAUUCAGUAGAAAUGAUCAGCAUACGGUGCUCUGUGUCCUGCUGUGUCAGUGACGGCCAUCAAAUUGAUAUUUGUUUUAAAGCUUGUUGAUCAAAGACAUUUGCACCAGUUUAACAUUGGCAUGAGGAUACUCAUGUGUACUAUACAGUACCAUUCAUAAGCAGGAUGUAAGAUUGUAAGCAUUACACAGAAUUAACAACCAAAUCACCUAAACAGGGUAUUGCUUUGUAAUUUACAACAGUGAUUUUGUCAAUCUGAGAAACACAGAGUUUGACAAUAAGAUUAUUCUUAGUAUUAGUUAACAAGCAUUAUUCCAGAUUUGUGAAAGAGUCACAAUCUUGUAUCAUGCUCUCCUCAAUGAAUCUCACAUGUUGUAUGAUAUUGACUGAACUCAUUUCAUAUGAUAUAGAUGUUUUUGUAUGUCUAUGAAAGGUAAAGUAGAUUUUUGAAUUUGCCUCCAAAGGGGGUUAUUUUUGAUUGUAUUAUAUAUUCACUCUGUAGUAAGCACACUGAAACUAUUCAUAUGUAUUGUAUUGUAUUUUAUUUUUUUUUUUUUUUUUUUUUUUUUGUUAAUUUGUAAUAGCUACUCUGAAUACUAUUUAUUAUCGUAGUUAAUGGCAAAUAUUGAGCAAGUUGUUUUUAUGCAUACAGUAAUGUGCAGAAGUCUUGGGCCAUAUAUAUUUCAAAUUACCAUUCAAAAAUAAAGGUCAUUUAUUAACUUUAUGGAUAUGUUUUCCUUUGUCUAAUGCCAUGUCAUAACCAUAGCCAAAUGGCCUAAGAGUUGUGUACAGUUCUGUGCAUAGAGUGCACUACACAUUAUGUAUGCUUAUGAGAGAAAACUUCAUGACUGUUUAUAGACUUCGAUUGAUCCUUCGGCCCUCUGGCAAAUUUACAGUAAAUGAAUGUGAAUAAUGGGACAACACAAUUUAGCAAAAUAAUAACUGAACAGUUGUCUUGUAGUGCCACAGCACGGGAGUGUAUAGCGUAGGAGUGUAUUGUCUCAUGGACAACCAGUACACACAAAUCUUCUAUACUGAGGAGACACGGUAGACUGGCUUACUCAAUAUGUCUGUGAAUAUUCGCAUAUGAUUUAGCAGUCAAGAAAAUGGUGACUGGCUUCUCCCUUUCUGAUGACAUUCAAUGCAAUGAAAUCCACAACCUUUAGAGGUCAGUUUUCUUGAUUUGGAUUAAAGCUUUUUUAAAAGUGAUCUGAUCAGGCAAUGGCCCAUUUAAUGUUGUUUGUUGAGAAUGUGUUGAUUGCAAUGCCUUUACUUCACAUUUCUGUCUAUUACUGUAAAUGAAGGCAACUGACAACAUGAAAUGAAAUAUUUGUUCAGCAUCUUUUCUGUAUUUUCAUCAGGUUUAAAGUCUAAUGUUCUAGAAGAAACCCUACUGAAAUUUAAAAAUAGCUAGUAUCCACAUUCAUUUAUUGGUGAUUGGUGAAUUAACAGGCUACAUUUGGCACAAUGCGAAGCAGCCAAUAUAAGCAGAAAAUGUGAAAAUUGGUUUGUAUAUGUGCUCAUAUCUAUAGAUACACCUAAGCAGUUAUGUGAUUAAAUAAUAACUAUAUAACCUAUUGGUGUUCAGUAAUAAUGCACUUCCUUAUUUACUUUCUUAUGAAUGUUUAGUAUGAAUUUACAUAUUGUCAGCUGUAAUUAUGUGCUAUGUUUUAAAGUAAAGAAUGAGAAAUAAGUACAUUCUGUUCUGUUUUAAUUUUAAUGACUUAACAAAUAUAAAUGACUACUAUCACGUUCAAUUAUAGUUUUAGUUUCAUUAUCCAGGACUUUUAGUUUGCUUCUAUUUGUUUUCUUUUAUUCUUUGUUCUAUGUUCCUGUUUGUCAUUAGUUACUAUGGUUAUUCAUACUUAUGGCUAUUCAUUAUUAUUAGAUCACACCUGUUUGCAUUUGAGUUCAUUAUCUUGUGUAUAUAAGCCCUUCAGUUAAUUUACUUCUUUGUUUGGUGAUGGUUGUGUUUUAGUACACUUUUGCGUUGUAUUCUCUCGUUGGAUUACUGCUUUUGUUUUGUUUUAUUAAAGAAAACUAUAUUGUUUGAA